AUCAAUGCAAAGACGGAGUUGGCCCUGCGCUAUAAUGACAUCUCACCUCUGGAGAACCAUCACUGCUCGGUGGCAUUUCGGGUGCUGGAAGACGAUGAGCGCAACAUAUUCCGCACCCUGUCACCAGAAAUGUUUCGACAGGUGCGAGAAGGUGUGAUCCGCUGCAUCCUAGCCACUGACAUGGCCAGACACAAUGAGAUCCUAGCGCAGUUUAAGGAGAUCACGCCAGAGUUUGACUUCAACAACAAGACCCACACGAACCUCCUAUCCAUGGUGCUCAUCAAGGUGGCAGACAUUUCAAACGAGGCACGACCCAUGGACGUGGCAGAACCCUGGUUGGAUCGCCUCCUACAG